ACCUUAAGAGCGGAGGCGCGCUCGCACGGCGGUCGCGUUCCUCAGCCCGCUCUCGCCAGGCUGCUCCCCCUCGAGGGCGCGCUUGGUACGGCCCGCGCCGCCUCUUUCCCCUGCUGGGGUGGCUACCCCCCCCCCCGGGUCGGCGGCGCUUGGUGCCGCCCGGGAGAACCAGGUCAUCGGUCGGUUCGCGUGAAAACAAAAACAAUCGGCGGCGCCGCCGCGGGCAGCCGAACUCGGCGAGUGAGGACCAGGGGCGCGGGACCGGGUGGGGAGAGCUAGCGGGAGCGGCGGCCAGUGUCCGGGGGCCGGGGGGGGGGGGCAUGGGGCAGGCGGGCACGGGCUGCGCGGGGCUUCCCCGGCGCCGCGGCUAGCGCGCCCGCUGUCUCGGCCGCCUCAGCCACCCGCGCCGCCCGCCUGGGGGACGAGGAGCAGGACGCGGCCUCGGCCGGGCCCGGGCCGAACGGCUGCGGACACCCGGACACCAGGGAGCCGAGCGCCGCCGCCGCCGCCGCCGCCUCCGGGAUGGAUCAGUGCGUGACGGUGGAGCGCGAGCUGGAGAAGGUGCUGCACAAGUUCUCGGGCUACGGGCAGCUGUGCGAGCGCGGCCUGGAGGAGCUCAUCGACUAUACGGGCGGCCUCAAGCACGAGAUCCUGCAGAGCCACGGCCAAGAUGCUGAAUUAUCAGGGACACUUUCACUUGUUUUGACACAAUGCUGUAAGAGAAUAAAGGACACUGUUCAAAAACUGGCCUCAGACCACAAAGACAUCCACAGCAGUGUUUCUCGUGUUGGAAAAGCCAUUGAUAAGAAUUUUGAUUCUGACAUUAGCAGUGUGGGAAUAGAUGGCUGCUGGCAGGCAGACAGUCAGAGGCUUCUCAAUGAGGUGAUGGUGGAGCACUUCUUUCGACAAGGAAUGCUGGAUGUAGCUGAAGAGCUCUGCCAGGAAUCUGGUCUUUCUGUAGACCCAAGUCAGAAAGAACCAUUUGUGGAGUUAAAUCGAAUAUUAGAAGCAUUAAAAGUCAGAGUUCUGAGACCUGCUCUGGAAUGGGCAGUUUCAAACCGAGAAAUGCUUAUAGCCCAAAACAGCUCCUUGGAAUUUAAACUACACAGACUGUAUUUUAUUAGCUUAUUAAUGGGUGGAACUACAAAUCAGCGAGAAGCAUUACAAUAUGCUAAAAAUUUUCAGCCAUUUGCCCUAAAUCAUCAGAAAGACAUUCAGGUUUUGAUGGGAAGCCUUGUGUACCUGAGACAAGGGAUUGAGAACUCACCGUAUGUUCACCUACUUGAUGCAAACCAGUGGGCUGACAUCUGCGACAUCUUCACACGGGAUGCCUGUGCCCUCCUGGGACUCUCGGUGGAGUCUCCGCUCAGCGUCAGUUUCUCAGCAGGUUGUGUGGCGCUGCCGGCUUUAAUUAAUAUCAAAGCUGUGAUUGAACAGAGGCAGUGCACUGGAGUUUGGAACCAGAAAGAUGAAUUGCCCAUUGAAGUGGACCUUGGUAAAAAGUGCUGGUAUCACUCUAUAUUUGCCUGUCCCAUUCUUCGUCAGCAAACAACAGAUAACAAUCCACCCAUGAAAUUGGUCUGUGGUCAUAUUAUAUCAAGAGAUGCCCUGAAUAAAAUGUUUAAUGGUAGCAAAUUAAAAUGUCCAUAUUGUCCGAUGGAACAGAGUCCAGGAGAUGCCAAACAGAUAUUUUUCUGAAGAAAUAACUUUAAUUUGCAAUUUGUAAGUGAAACUGAAUUGUGGCGCAUUUCAGAAGAGAACGUUCCAUUUAAUGCAGCUAACUGAGGACUCCCGUGUUUAUAUAAGCUAAUGCUCCAGAAACUUUGCCAACAUUUUAGUGUACACACACUGAGGGGAGUGCUCCAGAUGAAUAUUAUCAUAGGGCUUUAUUAUAUUCUUGGUCUUCAUUUUUGAUCAAGUAAAUACACCAGCAGUUGUCAUUCAAUGCAGGUUUUUGUACUUAAUUAUAUGGUGAUUUUUUUACUUUUUAAGAGCAGAAACAGAAAUCAACCUCCCUGCCAUGUGUUUAAUAUUUCUCCUGCUUUUACUUUUGUCAUUUCUUGAUAAUUGUAAGGUUUGAGAAUGUUUGUGAAAAAGUUUUACUUCCUGUUAUGUAUACAUAAUUAAAUGAAAAUUCUUCAGAAAAAGUUUGAAAAACUGAAUUGUGGUUAUAAAACUAAUUUGCAUUUUUUUUGCUUAAGGAAGAAAGCUGUGAUAGAUUCCCAAUUUGCUUUUUGAUGUUUUCCUCUGCUCCAGCUCUCACCGAGAAGUCAGCAGGCCUGCACUUGAGCUCUGCUUGUAGCCUCAGCGGGCUGCCUGUUUCACAUUCCAUCGUGAAUUUAGCAGGUUGGUGUGAGAAGUCUUCCACUAGAACGGAGUGGAAGGAGUACUGUUGUUUCUUUGCUUUUAUUGCCAAGAGGUGCUUGUUUUAAAAGUGUGUUCAAUAAAAUGAAAUUCUGAAGUUAGAGGUGUUCUUAAGUUAAUAUUUACUCUCUUGGUCUUGGUAGCCCUAUUCUCUGAAAUCUGCCUUCAGGACUUGGCUGUCUGUUUCAUUUGUAUAUCAUCGCAGGCACAGUGUUGUUUGUGUGUAUAUAUAUAUAUGUGCACCAGCAUCAAACAUUGUGUAUCUGGAAGGGAAGAAGCAUGUUCCAGUCCUAAAAUGCAGUUACCAGACUCAUUACUUUAAAUCCUUAAAGUUAGAAGUUAGCAUAUUUUCUGUAGUGCAGAAUAUGUUUAUUGCUGUUUUUGUAUUUGAAUAGUAUACUGUUCAAUGCCUCUCUUCUUCAAAGUGUAUCAUCUCAUUGGCUGUGAAUCUGUAUAUUACUCUAACGGAUACAGAUGAUGAUCUUUUCUCUUGUGAGGUAUCUUCAUUUAAUGCACUGUCCAGAAAUAGCCAUGUGUAAGAGUCUUUCUCUGUAUGAUGAACGAACUACAUGGAAAGGACUUCUGACUUACACCUGUUAAGUCACUUCGUUAUGAGAAGAACGUUAUACGAAAAUCACCAAAUAUUUUGCAACUUUAUCUCAUCUGACUUGGAGCUGAACAUCACUGUAGGAAAACUUUGAUGAGAAAACAAAGAAGAAAAUGCAGAAGGAAAGAGGACCGUGACACUUUGCAUUUUAAACUGCAGAUUGAUUUCUUUUGCAGGGAGGGAGAAAACAGGUUUGGUGCUGAGUUCCCUCGAAAGUGUCAGCAUGUGCAGUCAUACACCGGCCUGCAUGGUUUGUCCUGAAAUGUUUAUCUGGGAGAGCAGGGAUUUGUCUCAAAGGAAAGGGGUGCUGCAGGAAGCCCUGCUUGACUGCUCUGUGUGGUCAGACUCCCUCCGAGUGCUACCGUGCGCGGGGUUGGUUGGCCAGGAAUGGCGGCUGGCCUGCUCAGAGUGUUGCUCUGUAUGACCUCUGUCUUGUUGGCCCCACCAGGACUCUAGCUCUGUGUUUCGGCUUUCCUGUUGGAACCCUCCCUAAACCUGCUCUCUCCAUUAAAGCAGUGAAGGCAGAGAGCAGAGAGAAGCUCCUUGGACUCCGUUAGAGAAGGUAGAGAAUUCCAGGCAACUCUGGCUGAGGAUGUAAACCUGGUUUAUGACCUAUAUUUCCCUUUGAGUUACAAUCCAGAGUACCUUUUUUUUUUUUAACUACUUUUUUUUCUCACUAGGCCAGAUUUAGCUUUACUCACAAUUUAUUCUCACCUUUCCACCUCUAACACUUAUGAAACAUUUAGGCUUCAUGUAAGAUUUGUACAACAUAGAUGUCACACAAGAGGCUGGUGGUAAAUCUUUUGGGGGCCAGACACUUCACAUGGUCGGCUCAGGCCACUUUGAAGGACAAAAGCCAGAACUCUGCUUUGUCCGUCUCCCAGUGUUGGGAAUCCUGUUGACAGUUUUCUGUGCAGCUCCUGAAACUUUAAAAAGAGCAUGCUUUUAACUGAAGCGUUUGAUUUUAGAGUUUCUUAUGUAAGGUCCUUGUAGUCUACUCGGCAGGAUAGGGCCAGAAAUUUGAAACUCUUGAUUUGACAACUUAACAUGAAAAUUAUGUCUUGUGACCUUUAACUGAAUGCAUGGACUUAAAACAUUGGUGGGAAAAUGUGAAGGAAAGGUGGGUUUGAAAAGGCCAGACGUUAACCAAAGAUGCUGAAAUACAACAUGUUGUCCUUUCUGCUCUAGAAACACCUUCAGGAGUGGUGUCAGGACCUUGUCGCUGAGGCUGUGUGUGUCCGCGGUGCAGGAGGGUGCUCCUUGUCAUGCCCUGCCUCCGUUUGCAAAAGGUCAUGAUAGAGCCAAGGUUUUUUUUAGAGUCAGACUCAUUAUAAUAAUACACAUUGCAAACAGAGUUUCAGAGUGGUUUCCUCAGCUUCCUUAGGAACCAUUCCAUUUAUCAGUCGUGGACGAAGGCCAUGGGACUAUGCUAAACCAAUAAAACCUUAUUAGAACUUUACAUUCUGAUUUAGCCAGAGCGCCUGUGCUUUCAAGUACAACCUGAAGGACAGUGGCUAAGUUUGUCUUUCAAUCUUUUUUCUCCUUCGUGUGAUCAUCACAAAUACCAUUUCUGUUGUUUUGGUGGUGAUUAUGUGAGACUUCUAAUACAUAAAUGAACGGGUAUUGGUGCCUCUUGAUGUUAAAAAAUGUUGAAGAGAAGAGCCACCUCAUAUUCAUAGGGUGUGUGAGUAUUUUAUGAGUGUAUGAGCAUUUAAUUGAAAAUAAGAAAGGUAUGAAGUUAAUCUUUUGAUUUUUCUGUAGCAGCUGAUGUAUACAGAGACACUAAACCCCACACCAAAUUAUGUGGGGAAUGAGGAUCCUUUUUCUCUCCAGGUAGUCCCACAGGCCUGUAUUCGUUCAGUAUUCUUUAUGCUGUGAGUUAUUUCCACCUCAGUGGUUCAGCCUUUGGGACAACAGAUACUGCAGAAACCAAGGACUCUUGGUUAUUCGCACAAGACAAGCUGCUGGUAGACAUUAGCCCUCUGGUUUUCCAGCUCAACUUCUGAUUAGCGGACUGACGGUCAAGCUGGUCAGUUUGCUUAGUCAGCAGACUCAGGUUAUUUUCAGGGAAGGCAUGGUUUGGUUAAUUUCGUCACUAGGAUAUGUAAGGUGAAGACGCAAACCAAAUACCUUUCAUUACUUAACUCUACGUACAUUAUCCUUGGUAACACUAGAAUGCUGUGGUCUUGAGGGAAUGUUGGCAAGGAACGCAUACUUGGAAGGCCUGGGGCUCCAUACGCCUGUCCGGCUGGAGUGGGCUUUAUGGUGGUACAAUAGUGUUUACCAUAAGCAGGUACAAACUGCAUGAACUGUUCUUACUGAGCUAUAAUUGAAUAGAUACCAAAAAUAGAAUGACAAAUGUAUUUUAAUAGCAGAUGAGGCGAUUAGUUUUAGGGUGAAUUUUCUGCUGUUGAUUUUACUUCAAGAGAUAGGGAGAGAAAACAAAGAUUUGUUUUCGAGACGUUUCCCUCUACAGUGCUAAGCUGUAGUGAGCAUAUGCUUCGUUUACUUCCAAAGAGGCAGCAGCAGCUGGAAUGGGCUUACAGCACAUGCUUUGUUUCAUGUUGUGGGCGAGGACUUACACUCUUAUUUCAGUAGUCACUUCACGUUCUCCAGCAAGGCAGAUGUGGGGUUCACUAGGAUUUAGUGCCUGAUCUUUUCUUUUGGGAAGGGGUGGGAGUGAAUGUAGUGGGGAUGGGAGGAAGCAGAAGAAAAUGGGCGUGUGAGUGAGCACGCAUGUGUCCAAGACUCACCGUUCCGCCCCCCACCUGUGUCCAGCAAGGAACAGGCAUUUAGUGUAUUUUGCUCACGACUGCAGCGUGCAUGUAUUUUUUUUUCCCCUCGUCCGUGUUUUCUAAACUUACACUAAAAGGAUUCAUCAAAUCAUCUUGUUCAGAUGGCUCAGGAUUGUAUUUCUUUUGCUUACGCUGUGCUCUUGGGUUCUAUAGUAUUUCUAUAAUUAUGUAACAAGAAUAGUGUUGCACUGUAAUCUAUCAUAUAGAGCUAUAUGUAUGGAAAAUUUUGAUCAGUUUUUUAAGAAAUGUAUCCUGUUUGCAAAGGCACAAUAAAGUUGCAUCUUAUAGACUAUAGGCAAUAAAGCUAACAAUAAACCUUAUUUAACACAAACCAUAUUCAUAUUCUCUGUUCAUUUGAUUUUGGACAAAGUCCACCAUAUCAAGUAGUUUCAGGGACUUCAUUUUGACUUAAAAGUUCUGAUAUACCUAAUUUAUAAAUUUCAGACUGAUAUAAUAGAGUUUUUGGAAAACUAUAACAAAUGCUUUGUUAAUGUGUGUAUUCCUAUGUAAAACACAUGGCUUCUCCUGUGUAUAUUUUUAAAAAUUAAAGAAAUGCACAUUUAAAAA